AUGGACCUCCGAUUCGACAGCCGCGACUACCUGUCGACGAGAGUGUUCACGGAUGACUGGUAUCAUCCCACGGGGACCAACAUCGACGAAUACGAGGACGAUAGUGACCACAAGAAGAUGGACGCUGAGAAGAACAACUGCGCGGUGUUCGUCGCCUGGAUGGCGGAGAAACUGAAAGUCAAACAGCCUGAUGUUGGAGACUAUCGCCUAGCUGAAGCAUAA